UUUCAUGUCAAUCAGCCUAUCCUUUUGGUUUUAACAACCACUAUGAUUUAUACCAAAAAAGCUACUGAUAUUUCCCAGACCCACAAGGAAAGCUAUCAAGCAUUAUGCCACUGUUCACAUUCACUUUGCCACUCUUUUCUUUGCUCCUCCACUUCUCCACCACCGCCACCACUACCGAACCACCAUACAACGCCACUGACUAUUACCUCUUUGACUGUGGUUCCUCCUCCACCACCACCAAUUCGGACCGGAUAUGGGAGAGUGAUGAACGUUCCACUGUUGUACCCUCCACCAUCUCCACCACCUCAUAUUCAUCCACCCCCGAUCCUUCGGUCCCCCAAACACCUUAUUCCACCACCCGAAUCUUCAACGCUUCUUCAUUCACAUACACAUUUCCGGUGUCCCAAGGCCCCAAGUUCCUCCGCCUAUAUUUCUACCCUGCCACUUACUCUGACCUCAAACCAGAACAAUCUUUCUUCUCGGUAUCAUCCAACGGCUACUCUCUCUUAACCAACUUCAGUGCUUUCCUAACCGCCUCCUAUCUGGAAAAGACCAGCUUUAGCAAAGAAUACAUCAUCUACGUAAAACAUGCACAGAUCCUAAACGUUACCUUUACACCCUCACCCUACUCAUAUGCCUUCAUCAACGGUAUUGAAAUCGUUUCAAUGCCUGAAGAUCUCUACUUUAACUCUAAGAACCUGAAAUAUGUUGGGAUAGCUAAUGGACCCGUUAUCGCUAACAACAUGGCUCUUGAAAAUAUUUACCGGUUAAACGUGGGUGGGGGAAAUAUACCGGGUACUAAUGAUACUGGUAUGUACCGGUCAUGGGAACAAGAUAUUAACUACAUAUACGGAGGUGCAAUUGGGUUGACACCUAAUUAUGAUCCAAAGGAGAAGAUUAUGUAUACCAACAAGACACCAAGUUAUACUGCACCUGAGCAAGUUUAUCGAACCCAAAGGAGUAUGGGCAAACUGUCUGACACGUACAAUCUGACUUGGAUACUUCCCGUUGAUUCUGGGUUUUAUUACAUGCUCAGGCUCCAUUUUUGCAACAUUAUACCACAAUACAAUAAAAGUAGUCAGGUGAUUUUCAAAAUCUUCAUUAAUAAUCAAACUGCUGAUGAUGAAAUUGAUCUGUUCCAAUUAACACAAGGUAGCGGUUAUCCUGUAAUCAAAGAUUACAUUGUGUUUGUCAAAGAGCCGAAUCAUAGCAGAGGCAAGCAAGAUUUGUGGAUCGCAAUGCAUCCUAAUCCCAAUUCUGAACUAUAUUUAGAUGCUUAUUUGAACGGUUUGGAAACCUUCAAGUUGAGCAUGAAUAGUAGUCUUGCUAGCCCAAACCCAGAACUUAGUAGUGAAUACCCACAGCCAAGGCCUGUGUCUCCCAUAAUUCCAAAGAAAACUAUGUCAUAUGCCCCUAUAAUUGGAGGUGUUGGGGGAGGAUUAGUCUUGUUGACUAUUUUAGUUCUUGUUUUACUUCGAUUACAAGUCAAACACUUCGGCAAGCCAUUAAACUCUACGAGACCUGGUCAUUCACCAUUACCAUCAGGUAGAUGUCGUCGUUUUUCACUGAAGGAAAUGAAAGUUGCUACCUGUGAAUUUGAUGCCAAAUGUGUUAUAGGCAGAGGAGGGUUUGGUACGGUGUACAAAGGGUGCAUUGAUGAGGGUAAAACCAUUGUUGCAAUCAAACGGCUCAACUCAUCAUCCAAACAAGGUAUUCGAGAAUUCAGAGCAGAAAUUGGGUUUCUGUCCAAACUACGCCAUGUUCAACUAGUGUCCCUGAUUGGAUACUGUGAUAGUGAGGGCGAGAUGAUACUGGUCUAUGAUUACAUGCCCAACGGAACUCUACAGGAACAUCUAUACAUGAAUAACAACCCUCCUUUGUCAUGGAAAAGACGUCUUCAUAUUUGCAUUGGUGCAGCCAAAGGGUUGCAGUAUCUCCACAGAGGUACAAACCGUGCAAUAAUCCAUCGUGAUGUCAAGUCCACAAAUAUCUUGCUAGAUGAAAAUUGGGUUGCUAAGUUGUGUGACUUCGGAUUGUCAAAGAAAGGCCCUAAAGACCAAACACAAGACCAUGUUACCACAAUGGUGAAGGGUACCAUCGGGUAUCUGGAUCCUGAAUAUUAUCGAAAGAAACAACUCACUGAAAAAUCUGAUGUGUACUCCUUUGGGGUCGUUUUGCUUGAAGUGUUGUGUGCAAGACCUGUUAUCAAUCGAAGGCUACCUGAUGAAGAAGUGAAUCUGGCAGAACUGGGAAAGUCUUGUUAUCGAAAGGGGACCCUGCAUCGGAUAAUUGAUCCAAACCUAAAUAGUGAGAUCGCCCCUAAGUGCUUAAUGAAGUUUGGAGAGGUAGCAUAUAGUUGCUUGAAAGAAGAAGGAAUUGCGCGCCCAACUAUGGACGAUGUGAUUUGGGGACUAGAGUUUGCAUUGCAACUGCAAGAAUAUGCUGAGAAAACCGGGGGAAUGGUUGGCGAGGCAAUGUUAGAAUAUCAACAGCUUCCAUUCAUCAUGCAAGAAGAGCCAGCCACAACCGAUGAACAUGCAUUACUGGGUUCAACUGAAAUGACAAUAAGACAUGACACAUCAUCAACCGACACUUUCACCGGGAUAUCGCAGCCAACGGGAGGCUAAUAUAACUUUUGAGGCUUAGACUCCAACAUCACAGAAAUCCAGACUUUCACAAAGAAGGCUAAUACAAAUGGAAUGAUAUAGAUUCAAAAGAGCAGCACCUUAAAAGGUUAUAUUCUGCAUUAUCAUUACAAGUUACCAAAACAAGUCUCAAUUGUAGGAUUUCUUAAGUUAAGAAGCAAGAAUGUUAUGUUAAAUUGUAAUGCACUUAUAAUAAUAAAUAAUUUCAAACUGUAAAACAUAAGUAGUAAAUAAUAUAUAAAAGAAUGAUGUAUAUAAUCAACAUAAGAUUCUUUUUAUAAUGGCGUCACCAAAUAAAACAUUAUUUAUAAGUUUUACUAUAAAAGGUGAAUGUAUGGUCUAUUAUUUGUUGGUCGAUUUGGUGUGGAGGCCCGAUCAAGGGAGGGUGGCCGGCCCUAGCCUUGGGUCGGUCCUUAUGUCUUUAUUUGGCAG